AACGUGUUACGUCACGAAAACAGCGCUUCAAACAUGGCGGACAAGAGUAGUCAAGGGGAGCCCAAACCAGAAGCCCAGUUUGCAAAGAGAAUAGAUCCUGCAAAGGAGGCUCUGACCAGGGAACAACUGCAGUUCAUCCGACAAGUGGAGCUGGCGCAGUGGAAGAAGAACUCAGCCAAGCUCCGGGGUCGAAACGUGGCGACAGGACUCGCUAUCGGCGCUGUGGUUCUCGGCAUCUAUGGCUACACUUUCUACUCCGUCUCCCAAGAAAGAGUGAUGGAUGAAAUAGAUGAAGAAGCCAGAGCUGCGAAACUACAGGCUCCGAAGACCGGAGCCAACUGAACUGAGCACAUUUAUCUUCAGGAAGUGUCUACACUGACAACAGGAACUGACAAGGGACAGAACUGGCAUGACGCAGACGACGCCAGAAGAUGGCGUCACAUCCAUUGAAACCAGGGCUGGGCAACUUUGGUCCUGGAGGGCCACUGUCCUGCACAGUUCAGCUCCAUCCCUGUAGCUUUCUACUGAUCUUGAAGAUAUUGAUUAGCUUGUUCAUGUGUGUAUGUUCCCUUCAGGACCAAAGUUGCCCAGCCCUGGUUCGACCCAAAACUCAAUAUUUAACCACCAUAAGGAGAAACCCUUCGUUUUUGCCAAAGCAGUUCUACAUGAUUACUAUAAAAAUGUGUUUCUGAGAUGCAGUUCAUGGAAUAUGUUAUCAUCAUAUUGCUUGUUGUACUAUGAAUAUGAAUACUUAUCAGUAAUUCUGCAAAUACAUAAUCAGAGUAAAAAUUAAUUUAUACAAGGUUUUGUUUAUGUUUGUGUUUUUUAUGGACCCAAUAAAAAGAUGAUGCUGCAGUGUCUAAAAUAAAUACUCACGCCACAGUCAUCUUUAUAUUUAUUGACUUUAAUGUACAAAUAUACUACAUCGUCAUCAUAAGAUAGAGAAGGCACAGCAUGGAAGUGUUGCAUUGCACAUGGAAGCGAUCGGUAUAAUAAAGCAUCGUCACAUUUAUCUCAAUCUAAAACA